AUGCCCGCCUCGGAGAACAUCCCACCCGUUGUCGCUCCGUUUGUGUCAGAGAGGGCAAAGAAGCUGUUGGACUUGGUUGAGAAAUUCGUCGACGAAGAAUGCAUUCCCGCCGAUGUCGUCUACUCGUCACAGAUCGGCUCGGGUGAUGCCCGCUGGCACGGCCACCCCUCGGUCAUGGACGACCUGAAGGCGAAAGCUCGCGCCUUGGGCAUCUGGAACAUGUUCUUGCCCAAGAACCAUUUCAAGGACGGCCCUCAGUUCACCAACGUCGAGUAUGGGCUCAUGGCCGAGCAGUUGGGUAAGAGUAUUACAGCCAGCGAGGCAUGCAACUGCGCCGCUCCCGAUACUGGCAAUAUGGAAGUCAUCGCCCGCUAUGGUUCUCCGGCCCAGAAGGAGAGGUGGCUCAAGCCCCUUCUCGCAGGCGAGAUCCGCUCUGGUUUCCUCAUGACUGAACCAGAUAUUGCCUCGUCGGAUGGCAGCAACAUCAGGCUCCGCAUCGAGCGCAGGGGCGACCAUUACCUCCUCAAUGGAUCCAAGUGGUGGUCUUCAGGUGCCGGGGAUGACCGCUGCAAGAUCUUCAUCGUCAUGGGCAAAUCUGACCCUAACAACCCAGACAAAUACCACCAGCAGAGUAUGUUGCUCGUGCCGGCCGACACUCCAGGCAUCAAAGUCCACCGUAUGUUGUCGGUCUUUGGAUACGAUGACGCCCCUCACGGCCACGGCCACAUCACAUUCGAUAACGUGAAGGUGCCCCUGGAUGCACUCAUUCUAGGUGAAGGCCGAGGCAACGAGAUCAUGCAAGGCCGUCUCGGCCCAGGACGAAUCCACCACGCCAUGAGAGCCGUCGGUGCCGCUGAACGGGCCCUCGAGUGGCUGAUCAACCGGCUCAACGACGACAGGAAGAUCCCCUUUGGAAAGCCUCUCCGCGAGCACGGCGUGUUGUUGGAGUGGGUCGCCAAAGCAAGGAUCGAGAUCGACGCCUCGAGAUUGAUCGUGCUCAACGCCGCCGUCAAGAUUGACCAAAGGGACGCCAAGUUCGCGCUCAAGGAGAUUGCCGAGGCCAAGGUCAAGGUGCCCCAAAUGGCCCUGAAGGUCAUCGAUCGAGCCAUCCAGGUCCAUGGCGCCAUGGGCGUGUGUCAGGAUACACCACUGGCUCACAUGUGGGCACACUUGAGGACGUUGAGAAUCGCCGACGGCCCAGAUGAGGCCCAUCUCAGCCAACUCGGACGCCGCGAGAACAGGCAGCGCGCAGAGGAGAUCCGGGCCCGGAUCGCCCGUCAACAGGCCAAGACCGAGGAGAUUUUCCGGUCCAAGGGUCUGGAUCGCAAUGAGCUGGGCUCGGCCAAGUUCAAGGCCAGACUCUGA